UACAAAAAAUUAGUUAUGCAAUUAGAUCAGGAACAAACAUUAAAAAUGACUCAUCUUUUUAACGCGAUAUUUUACUAACUUUACUUAAUAAUACUUUUUUGAAUAAUAUUUAACUUAAUUCAGUUUAUUCAUGCUUUGAGUCUGCGUUGUUUAAUAACGUUUUAGUUUAGUUGUCGCUUUAAUUUCAAACAUUGUGAUUCUCUUAACUGCACACAAGAGACCUUUCAUCUCUAAAUUAGUAACAAGUUCAGUUUUUCCAAUUGACUGCAGUAGAGUGCAUACAAUCAUUUUAUAUACGAUUCAUGACCGGAAAUUGAAUGUGAGAAAACCAGUCAUUCGCUUAACUUGAUUAAUAAAGAUUGCAAAAAACACAUCAGAACAAUGUACCUUUACGAGAAGAUGCCGAUUCAGCUCGUUGUUAGUAUUUUAUUGACGACAACGGUAAUUCCGCAAUCAUCAAGUCUACGAAUCCUGGGGUUAUUCCCACACCCCGGUAUCAGUCAUUUCAAUUUCUUUCACCCAAUUAUGCUGGGACUAGCAGAGGCUGGACAUGAUGUAACUGUAGUUAGUCAUUUUUCUGAUUCACACGCACCGGCUAACUAUGAAAAUGUGAUAAUCGGUGGCGAGGAACCGAUGGUUAAUUCGGUGGACUUAGAAUUGUUCGAAAAGCGUAAAUCAUUUCGUUACUUCAGAGAAUUUUUUAUGAUCUACGGAUGGGGCAGUCGAUCAUGCGAAAUAACUCUCAACUCAGCGGCGAUUGAUAAAAUUUUGGGAAUGAAAGAGAAAUUUGAUGUGGUCAUUGUGGAACAAUUUAAUUCCGACUGUAUGAUCGGAGUUGCGUGGAAACUCCAAGCACCAUUCAUCGGUCUCAGUAGCACUGCAAUUAUAUCCUAUUACUAUGAUAGACUGGGAAUACCUUUGCUAGCUUCUCAUGUUCCAACUUCAGUUGCAGACUUUACCGAUAAAAUGACAUUUGAGCAACGUUUGUCCAACUGGAUUGCUGGCCAUUCUUUUCCUAUUUUACGAAGACUAUUCAUGGACCGAAAUGAUGACGCUUUACUGAGAAAGAAAUUCGGUGAAACGAUUCCAUCUGUUGCCGAGUUAUCGAAACAUAUAAGUAUGAUGUUCGUCAACACUCAUUACUCUUUGAGCGGACCAAAACCAAUGCCACCUACAGUAGUCGAGGUUGGAGGCGUGCAUAUUAAGGAACCAGAAGCUAUCGAUGAGUCACUACAACGCAUCCUAGAUUCAGCCGAACACGGCGUGAUUUAUGUAAGUUGGGGUUCAAUGAUUCGUGCAGAUUCCUUACCAUCGCAAAAACGAGAAGCAUUACUGAGUGCAUUUGCUACAUUGAAACAAACCAUCGUCUGGAAAUGGGAAAACGAUACGAUACCGAAUAAGCCUCCUAAUGUUUACACACAAAAGUGGAUGCCCCAACGGGAAAUUCUAUGCCAUCCAAACGUUCGUGUUUUCUUAACUCAUGGAGGAUUGUUGGGUAGCACCGAAGCAGCUUAUUGUGGGGUACCAGUUAUUGCUACUCCGAUAUAUGGCGAUCAAUUUUACAAUUCAGCCGCACUAGUCAACCGCGGAAUGGGAAUAACUCUACAGUUUCAAGACAUGACAGCAGAAACCGUUCAAAACGCCAUCGAAUUUGCUUUAAACAAAUCUACGCAAGAAAACGCUAAGAAAGUUUCGUUUUCCUUCAGAAAUCGUGAGAAAAGUCCGAUAGAAUCAGCAGUCUGGUGGGUUGAGCACGUUGCUGCAACCGGAGGCGUGCCACUAACGAAAGGACAUUCGACGUUUAUGAGCUGGUACGAGUACCAUUUAAUUGAUGUGUACGGUGUGGUUGCUAGUGUUGUCAUAGCGUUCAUUAUCACUUUCGCUUUGACGAUUAAAAUGAUCAUUUGGAUGUGGCCGACAAAAGGGGAGGAAAAGAAAUUGUCAAAAAAUAAAGUUCAUUGAGAAAU